GCUGCGGUAAAUGUGAGUGUGUGGUGUGUGUGUGUGUGUGUGGGUCCUGCGAGGACUCUAUACAAAUAAACCAUUUGGUUAGGUAAAACGAAACGAAAGAACAAUAGGCCCUGGAGGAAGCCGCAGCAGGAACUCGACCUCGUCCUUCUUCCCGUCCUUUCCAGCUGCUGCAGCUGUUGCCGCGCGCUUGUUGUGUGUGUGUGUGUGUGUGGUUGUGGACUGGAACGAUCAUUCCCGUGCCUAGGCGUGUGUGAGUGCACAAAAUUUGAGCAAAUUCCGUCCGCGAAUCCGCAAAUUGCCAUCCAUUUCUGCACCAACGGAGCCAGCCACACGAGAGAGGAGAGCGACAGAGGCAAUAGAAUCGAAAGAGAAUGCUCUGGGAGGCCCUCUGACAUUUCCAUCAUCUUCAUCAUCUCACCCCUCUGGAGGAAGAGCGCUGAUACCGUCUCCCCACUACUCGCCUCGCCUCGCCUCCCUCUGCUGCUGCUUCGCUGCCGCUGCCGCUGACGCUGCUUCUGCUGCUCUGUGGUGGGCGAGCGAACGACCAUGUCUGCCACUCUCUUCGACAUGGCUGCGCAACCGGAGGAACAGCAGCAGCAACUGCAACUGCCACUGCAACAGCAUCUUCUGUCGGCUCUCGAGGAGCAGCAACUGGUGGAUGGACUGGCCUGUCUGGAGCUCAGCGAGGGCAUCACAGUGACCAGCAACUGCGACGGCAGUGACAGCGGCCUGGACGUGGCCAGCAGCUGCUGCCUCUCACGGGUGACGCUGCAGCGAGGCCUCAGCAGCACCAGCGGUGGCUACAACAGCAGCAAUGGCCUCGAGGAUAUCUACGACAGCUGCGAACUGAAGGUCGUCUCCACCGCCGCAGUGGAGCUGGCGCCCAGCGAGACCGGCAGCGAGAAGGAGUCGCCCCCAAGUCGCCGCACCAACACCAGCAACAGUGCCGUCAAAAAGAAAGUGGCCAUGUUCGAGCCGGAACAGAACGCAGAGAGCGCCGCCACCCCGCGGGCACAGCCACUGGAGCAGCUGCGCGGCAGAGUGGCCAAUCUGAAGCGGGCCGUGAGCUUGCCCAGGAACAGUGCGGCGCCUCCGUCCCCGGGCACACCUACAGCCGGCAGCCGGGAAAAGGCACGGCUCUCGUCCUCGUCCUUUCGGGUGCCGACCACGCCCACGGCCACACCCACAUCCACGCGGCUGGCUCGCCCCCAGAAACCCGACACGCUGCCCAGCGCCCUCAAUCGGGCCCAGUCCGUGCAGCGGCUCGCCCAGGUACAGCGAACCCCGUCCCUCAGUCGGGCACGAACGCCGGGCACGCCCUCCGACGACGGUCGCUGGCCAGCCAACCGGGGGGCCGGCGGAGCACGUCGCGGAAUGUCUGUGACCCCGGAAGUGAAUGUCAGUCGGAUGAGGGGCAGUCCGGCGCCGGGGGGCACUCUGCCGCGGCGUCGCAAGCAGCAGUCCGUGGAGGACUUGACGGGCGGACGGCUCUCCAGGAGCAACUCGAUCAGUCGAGCCGCCGCCGCCGCGGUGGACGCCAGGAUGACGUCUUCGGUGAUGGUGGUGCCCACGAGCAGACGGAGCCUGGCGCCGGCUACCGCCAAAGUGAACUCGCUGCGGCGUCCCCUGCAGGCGGUGCAGGGCAGGACGAAGAUCUACCACGAGACGGCUGUGCAGACGGCGCUUACCAGCGAGGAUCUGGAGCAGGUGCUGGGCGGGGGGCUGCUGCAGACGCGAGCCCUGGACGCAGUGGAGCAGCGGGAUCAGAGCAGCCAGGCGGAGCCAGACCAGCGCGACUUUGAGUUGGAGCAGCUGCGCCAGGAGGUGCGCCAGCUGAGCGGCAAGCUGCAGCGGGAGCGGGAGGAGAAGCUGGCCAUGCAGCAGGAGCUGCACCUGAACACGGAGCGGGUCAUGGGAAUGCUGGAGCUGGCCCGCGUGGUCAGCGCCAGCGCUGGGACGCCCACUUCCGAGGACAGCAACGAUGGCGGCGGCGGCGGCGGCCACGACAGCCUCCUGAUGCUGGAGUCACAGAUCCAGAUGAGCGGGCACGAGCUGUUCGAGCGCCAGCAGGAGAUUGGCCAGCUGCGGGCGAUGUGCCGCAGCCUCCAGCUGGAGAUGCGCCGCUCCCUAGCCACGCAGCAGCUGCUGCUCCAGGAGAAGGCGGCCAUCGAGCUGGAGUCCAGCGAGCUGCAGGACUUCUUGCAGCACGAGAAAGCCGCCCAGUGCGACGCGCUGCGUGAGCUCGAGGCGGAUCACCAGGCGGCCCGGGCCCAGCUGGCGAAUCGCGAGGAGGAGGCCAAAGUGCUGCGCGACGAGUGCCGGCAUCUGGUCCGGCUUAACGAGCAGCGGCGCCAGGAGAACCGCCUGCUGCAGACCAAGUACGCGGCCCUGGAGACCAAGUCGCGGGAGUUGAUCCACCAGCAGAAUGCAUCGGUGGCAGGCGCCUCCACAGCCCUCUCCGGCCUGCACUCCCGCCUGGACGGGCUCGUGGAGCAGCUGGUCUACUCCUACAGCAUAUCCGAGCAGGAUUUGGAGGACAUCCGCUUCCAGGCUGAGUCCGAACAGGUCCACAAUGGCAUCCGGCCCAACGGACUGGAUCUUCCGCUUUGUCCGGCCACCGCUGGAGAGGCCAUCCACACCCUCGUCCUAGCCAGCGAUGGCUCACUGUCGCCGCAGCGCAAUCAAUCCUUCAUAGCCGCCGUCAUCGGUGCCAUUCGCCAGGCCACCACACACUCUGGCAAGCGUCUCUCGCUGCGUCAGGCGGGAAAGCGCAAUGGAGGAACAGCAUCAGGAUCAGGAGCAGCAGCAGCAGGAGGAGGGGGAGGGGGAGGUGGAGGUUCCACUCAAAACGGUUCGGGAACAGCAACAGCAACCACGGGCCACGAGCAGCCUGGCGAAGAUUCCGACUCUACGGAAAUGCUGGACUCGGAGACGGAACCCUGCCUGCUAAUGAUGGACAAUGUGCUGGAGGAUGUGGUCCAUCCGGACUCCCACUCCCACAACAUGGUCUCCUCCUGCACGGGCAUGAUAUCCCAGAUCGAGCUGCCCACAGAGCUGAUCAGUCAGCAGAAUGGAGGCGACGACUCGCUGCAGCAGCUGUCGCAGGCCAUCACCAAUCGCCAGCAAAUGGAGCUGCACAUGCACAAGAUCAGUGCACUUCCCAUGAAUCCUCGCGAUCAGUGCAACACGGAGGAGCUGAGCUGCCACGACUCGCUCGCAGAGCUGCCGUCCCUGAUGGAGUACAGCACGGCCCAGGCAGUGGUGGAUCAGGUGAUCGAGGUGGACACGCUGGUCACCAAGUUGCUCAAAGUCCUGCGACUUGUUCAGCUGGACAACGACAAUUGCAUCCAGCAACUGAUUGUGGACAAGAACAAACUACAACAGCAUAAGGAGGACAUGCUGGAGAAACUAAAAGACUUGGAGGACGUUAAUCUGAAGCUGCAGGACGAACUCAUGGAUGCCACACAGGAGCUGAUGAUCAAGGGGAGCGACCUGAGCGGAGCCAAGGCCGAGAUGCAGCGCCAUCGCAACGAGAUCGACCGCCUCAACGAAGACAUCUGCACGCUGAGCACGCUCUGCAGCAGCUACAAGAAGCUGUCGCCCACCACAGAGUUUCCGCCCAUGCGGCUGCUCUCGCCAACCAGCCAAGAGACCGAGCAGGGCGAUGUGGCGGGUAUCCUCAAUCUGCUCAAGAUGUGGCACGCUGGUGGUCAGCUGCAAGAUCCACGCCUCAGCAGGUAUCUGCAAACGGUAUGUGGCAGCCAGUUAUCGAAUUUGCCGCAGGACAACAACAAUGUGGAGCGGCUGAGGAUCUACGCCAACCAACUGGAGCAUGUGUCGCGAGUGCUUGAGGAUGGCCUGCCGCUGGAGCUGCACACGCCGCUGCAGCAGUUGCGGCAGGACAUGGAGAUCGUCAGGCGCAACGCCAACUGGACGCAUCUGCUGGAUCUAAGCGGCGAACCUGAUCCCAAUGCCAAUGUGGAUGUGGCCUCAUCGUCGCAGUUGCCUUGAAUCGUGUCAAAUUGUUGUUAAUUCUAUAGCUAUUGCCAGUUGUUUAAUAUUACAUUACAUAUUGUACGUAGAUAGUCACAAAUGUUUGCGUCCAUCACCAAACUCCAAGCAAAAAUGUAGUUCUAAACGUUUUAGCCCCCUCCAAUGGUGGAACUCUUUUAAGGUAACAAAUAUUGUUGUACAAGCUGCCUGCAGCAGUGCCAUAUGUAGCGGUUUUUGCUGAUGGAAUCCGUUGCUGUUUCCAGUACAGGCGUCCCAUUGAAAGUAUUAUGGGCAUGCCAGCAAGGAAUGCAUUAAACCUUGUUCCCAAUUUUCAAUUCUAACAAGUAAAAAGCAGAUACCCUGAUGAGCUCAUGUCGUUUGUAUUGCCAGCAACGUGAUGCGUGAAAAGAUGUUUUAUCAACUUCGUUUUAUCCGAUAGCAAAGAUUCCUGGUGAACUCUCCAUCCGUGUCCAUUUUCCACUGGGCAAUGCAGUAGAUAUCCAAAACAAACUCCCUGCCAUUAUGGCCAUAAGUCUUAGCUCUGAUUUUAUGUAGAUAUUUCUGCUUUAGCAUAGAGUGGCGUAGAGCAGGUGAAACUCCCUCGAUACGACUUUGAAAGCAAGCUGUUUGUUUAAUACACGUACAAUAAAUAAGCAUAAACUAAAUACAUGCAUACAUAUGUAUGUAUGUAUGCAUGUAUGUAUGUAUGUA